AUGUCGCGCGCCACCAACUCGGAGCGCAGCCCGCUGCUGCGCAUCCAGAGCCGCCAAAGCGACGCGCGAUCCGUCGUCUUCUCCGCCCCCCCGAGCACCGCCCAUGUCGCCGUCGUCUGCUUCCUCAUGGCCGCCGCGCACCAGGCCGCGUCGCUGCUGGCCGAGCUGGCCGCCGAGGACCUGCACCGCGCCGCUGGUGGGCUGCUUGUGCUGGAGGAUCUCGAUCGCGUCGGCGCCGGCGAGGCAGUUCUGGCGGCCGUCGCGGCCGUCGUCACGCCGAUCCCGAUGGGAAUCGCGGCGGAUCGAUGGGGCCGGAGGCCAUUUCUGGUGCUCCCGCUCAUGGGCAGCCUUCUCAACGUCGGCUCUAGAAUGUUGAUAUACGGGCUCCCACAGGUGUUUUCCCUCAGACUAACAUGGCUCUCGGCCUCAUUCGAGCUCUUUACUGGUGGCGGAACCGCCUUCUUCGCCAUCGUAUACACUAUCCUUACUGACGUGACGUUAAAAGCUCAACGCUCGACCUGUUUCUUUCAUCUCGCGGCAUGCAACAUUCUCGCUGCGCAGAUCGGGCUUAAAGUACGGGACCUUAUUACUGACAGAUUUGGACCCUGGUCCGUACUGAUCGGUGCCUUUGGCGUCUUUGUAUUUGCCACUCUAUGCGCAUUCUGCCUGCCGGAAACGGUGCAUCUGAGCUGGACUGCUUACAACGAAGAAGCCGUCGAGGAGGAAAUCGCUGCUCAGACUGCCGCGCAAAGGAUCCGCGUUUCCUUGGCUGCCGCUUAUACGCAGUUUACCACGUCCAUGGCGGCUCUUUUCUGGCACAAUAAAAGACUCGCCAUUCUUUUGCCUACGCUUCUCGUCAUGGCACUCAAUGCACAAGCUAUGGGGUCAUUAAUUCUAUACGUCAGCCAUCGCUACCGUUGGGCGCCUGACAAGGUAACUACGAUAUAUGCUGUAGAAAGCAUCUCCCACUUCUCGCUCAAUGUGUUAGUGCUGCCUCUGGCGGCACAUGCACUACUCUCCUCCGGUUUCUCUGCGCGACAAACAGACACAACCUUUGUUCGCUGGGGCAUUGUGACUGCUGCCGCUGGUCUCGUCGGCAUUGGGCUGGCCCCAGACGUUGGACUGUUUAUGGUAGCGCUGGCCCUAUACGCCCUCAUUAACGCCUACCACGGCGGCAUACUGGGCCUCUUGUCACAGCUAGCCUGCAAAGACCAUACAGCAGCCAUGUUCGCGACGACCAGAGUCCUUGCAACCACAGGCAGCUUAUUGAGUGCGCCGCUGUUUGAUGCCCUGUUCAAGCUUGGGAUUGAUAGAGGCAAGGCGUGGUCGGGACUACCAUAUCUUGCCCUUGGUUGUAUUUGCUGUCUAUGCGGUGCUGUCGUCUUUGUAGCAACCUCUGGUGGAUUUGACCGAGAGGCUGAGGCCGAGGAUUCAGACUAG